AUGAGCAUUGAAUUGCCAGUCAAGACCCUCGCCCUCCGGUCCAAUUCAAUCUCAUCCCUCGCCAUGGCUCUCCAAUCUUGCCGCUCUGGCCUUUUACGGAGCAGACAAGUCGCCCGCACACUCAUGCCAUGCGUGCGCACAUACGCCACCGACUCGACACCCGAAUCCUUCAAAUCAGAAAACCCAUCUACCUCCGCUCCCGUCCCACGAUGGAGUCAGACACCCCCCGCCAUGAAGGCACCUAUACAGCUCGACUUUGCCAAGAACCCCCAAAACAAGGUCUGGAGUGUUAACAACGAUCCCAAGAAGCUGGACGAGGUGUAUGAUCGACUACUGGGACAGGGCGGCAGCAAGCUUCUGCCAGAGGAGGUGAAGUGGUUGGCCGUUACGCAUAAGAGUUUUGAUCAGGGAAGGAGAGGACGAAUGACCCUCAUCAUGGAGACGACCAAGACAAUCGUCGCCAAGGACCCCAUGAGUCAACCAAAAAAGGACGAAUACAACCGCGAGCCAUUCACACAUCCAAGCCUGAUGUCAGUGGACAAUUUGUCUACUCAAGGAGCCAAGGAUAUUGCUGGCAAGUCAAAUCUGUCUGCCCUCGCAGCUGAUGUGGGCUUGAUUGACGUUGUGCGGUGGAAGCCCCGAAAUGUGCAAAAACUCAAGCAUUCUGGUGUUGAUGUCGUGCUCAACGGUGCGAUUAUGGCCAUUAUUGGAGCUAUCACACUGCAACAUGGAGGCGUAGUGGCAUCACAGGUCAUCAGGGAGCGGAUCUUGUCAAAACUACAGGAAGAAUAA